UCGCUGAUUAAAUGUAUACGUCAAGAAUUUAUUGAUAGUCUUACAUCAGCCUGAACACAGCUUCCCAAGUCCACCUUCUCUCUUUCUCUCUCUCCCCAUCGCAACAAACAGCCUCUUUCUCGAUGUUAUCGUCCUGUCUGCUGCUACUAAAAUACGUGCAACACAACAUCACUUAAUAAGUGUAUUUCUUACCAGACAACACCUGCCGUCAUCAGAUUUUCAUUGAACAAAUUUCCAUUGAAACACCUCUUCGAGCAGAUCUAAAUCUUUUUCUACAGACAUACCCGCUCCAAGGCUACACAACACAUAUUCUACCGCUGUCAUUCACCAUAGCAACAGGAAAUUUCACAACAUUUCGAUUUACCCGUGAUACGGAUUGCAAAAAAUGGAUUCUGAAGAGUUUCAGGUUGCCAGUAAACAGAUGAUCAAAUUCGUGGCUGAUUAUUUAGAGAACAGUCGAGAACGUCGUGUGCUUCCGGAUGUAAAGCCGGGUUUCAUGCGUCCACUUCUACCCGACCACGCUCCUGAAGACCCAGAAAAAUGGGAAGAUUUAUUUAAAGACAUUGAAAAAGUUAUUAUGCCAGGGGUUACGCACUGGCAACAUCCUAAAUUCUUCGCCUAUUUUCCAACUGGCUGCUCUUACUCUUCGAUCGUUGCUGAUAUUCUUUCUGAUGCCAUCGCAUGUAUUGGAUUCAGCUGGGCUUCGUGCCCUUCCUGUACGGAGUUGGAAGUUAUCGUUUUAGAUUGGCUGGCAAAAGCAUUGAAACUUCCGGACUGUUUUCUCUCCACUUCCGAUGGACCAGGUGGUGCUGUUAUUCAGGGAACAGCCAGCGAAGCAACACUUGUGGCAGUUCUUUCUGCCAGAACGAAGUUUUUACGUAAACUGAAAGAGGAGAAUCCUGGAAUGGAAGAUGGAAUAGCACUUACCAAAUUAGUGGCUUACAAUUCCAUACAAUCCCAUUCUUCAGUUGAGAGAGCCUUUCUGAUUGCUUUAGUGAAACAUCGCAGUUUAAACGUUGACGACAAACGCGCUCUGAGAGGAGAGACGUUAAGAAAGGCAAUCAAGGAAGACAAAGCUAAAGGCCUCAUCCCAUUUUUCGUGUGCGGUACCUUAGGCACAACUUCAACGUUGAGCUUUGAUAAUAUUGAAGAACUGGGUCUCAUAUGUAAAGAAGAAAAUAUCUGGAUGCAUAUAGACGCUGCAUUUGCUGGGAGUGCUUUUAUAUGUCCCGAAUACCGGCCUCUACUGAAUGGCGUGGAACAUGCAGAAUCCUUCAACUUUAAUCCCCACAAAUGGCUUCAAGUGAACUUUGACUGUUCGGCAAUGUGGAUAAGAGAUAGUCGAAACAUCAGUCAGGCUUUUACUGUUGAUCCUGUUUAUCUGAAACACGAAAACGAAAACGAAGGAAUCAUGCCGGACUACAGACAUUGGCAUGUACCAUUAGGAAGGCGCUUUAGAUCCUUGAAACUCUGGUUUGUUUUGCGACUGUUUGGCAUCAAAAAAUUGCAAGAAAUUAUAAGACGGGAUAUCAAAUUGGCUGUAGAGUUUAAAAAGUUGAUUGAAGCUGACGCAAGAUUCGAAAUCUUUGGCGAAGUUAUAAUGAGCCUCGUUUGCUUUCGUUUAAAGGGCAGCAAUGAAAUUAAUGAACAGUUAGUGAAAGAUAUCAAUAAUGAUGGAAGAAUACAUUUGGUACCAUCUAAAUGUGAUGAUACAUUCUUCCUUCGGUUUUCUAUCUGCUCCAACCGUACCACAUAUGAAGACGUGCAGCAUGCUUAUAAAGUAAUCACAGAAAUAGUCGAGAAAAUAUUGAAGAACUCCCGAGUAACGUUGGAUUCCAAAUGAAAUAUUUAUUCACAUCAAGUUACAGAUUUUUCAGUGUAACAAAAUCCUUUAAAAUCUUAUUUAUUUUCAUAAAAAAAAUUGUUCUUUCAUAGAAAGAAAUCGUAUUUGUUUUGGUUUAAAUAAUAGAAAUUUCCCAGUAAACUUUAAGUGGGGAGCUUUAUCAGUAUCUUCUUCUGUUGCUUGGUAGUUUAUAUGGUCAUAGAGUCAUUUUAGGACUAUGAACAGAACAAUCAUAAUUGGCAGCUUUAAUUAUUAUAGUCCAUUUACAUUUAUACGUAGUGUAUCUGGAUCAAUAAUAAUAAUAAUAUAGAAUAAAUGUGGUGAUAAUUUUAGCAUGCAUUGCAAGACAAAAGUGCCCAUGCUACUCUUGGCCUCCAGAAGAUGCCUGGUACUGAGACAGCUGAAAUAAUAAUAAUAUUAAUGGAGCGGGAAUUAAAAAAUGGCAAAAGAGAAAAGUGAUGAAAAUGAGCACCAAGACUAGAAAAAUGUUGACAAUACACGGAGCCUUCCAUUCUAAGAGUGACACCGAUAGGUUGUACUUGUUCAGAAGAAAGGGUGGAAAAGAUUUGAUUAGUUGUCAGUACUGUAUCGAAGCAGAGGAACAUAAGUUAGGAUGGUAUAUAAAAAAAUACUGUAGAGCCAUUGUUGAAACAUGCGUGAUGGCCGGUUUCAUUAAAUUGUGUAAUGAAAGAAAAGAUUGAGUAAGAAAUUAACAAAGAAAAAAGAAAAAGUACAGAAGGAAAAAAAUGUACUGUCAGUUUGUAAGAGAUGUGAAUUCCAAUGGAUGAGGAGGAGUAACCUGAAGAUAGAGAGAGAAGCACUUAUAUGCGCAGCUCAAGAAUAAGCGUUAAGGAUCAACUAUGUGAAUUGCAGAAUUGACAACACUGUCGAAAGCGGCAAAUAUAAAGAUCUGGAAAUAGAAAUCAGCAAAAUGUGGAACCUGAAUACUAAAACAAUACCUGUUGUCAUGGGUGCCCUGGGAAUGAUAGCAAAAGGGGCUGAUUGCUACCUAACUCAGAUACCA